AUGGGAGAUGAUGGAUGGAAUACGUGCAAAGUUCUAGAGUCAUUCCUGGCGCUAUCGGCUGGAAUCCAUACGGCAACGAUAUUCAAAGAAGGGCUAGAGGAAGAUGCUGAUUUUUGUGAAGCACUGUUAACCUAUGGAGAUGAAAUCGCAAUGCAUAUGGACCUAAAAGAAAGCUACCCUCGAGUUCUGGGACCGUUAGUCUGGUAUCUAGCGCCGCAGACUCGUGCUUUACGAUCAACAAUCGCCAAAAUUCGGGACAAAUUGAUUCCUCUCAUUCAAGCACGUAUUGUUGACAAACGAGCAUCUUUGAAGGGGAUUGAGAACACAAUUCUGGAUAUCAUUAUUGACCAAUGCUUUCGAAAAGGCCACCUUAACCCCUCUCGUGUGCUUUCCACUGAUAAUCAGACCGCAAGACUGAUUGCAGAUGAGACGAUGUUCCUCCACCUCGAGGCUUUUUUCCCCAUUGCGAUGCUUGCAGCAGAUCAAAUCAUGCGGGUUAUGGCCCACCCCGAAUAUGCUGAGCCCCUAAGAGCUGAGCUAACUGCAGCAUUUGCAUUGACCGGUGGGGACUGGAGCUCCGAAAUUUGGAAGCAUACACCCAAAUUGGAAAGUUUCACCCGCGAAUGCUUGCGCUUAGAUACCCCUAAUCUCUUUACUGGAACUAGAAACGUCGGAAACCAACCAUUGAAUCUGGCUUCUAUAGGGUUAACACUCAAUCCUGGGGCACGUGUUUCACUGCCAAGUCGAGACCAUCAUCAUGAUCCUGAGAUAUACAAAGACCCGGAAAGCUUCGAUGGAUAUCGCUUCUAUGACAAAGUGUCGCGUACAACAGAUCCUCACGGUUCGACAACUAUUUCAGAUUCCUGGAUCAUAUUUGGUCUCGGGCGCUCAGUCUGCCCAGCCCGAGUAAUGGCGCUAAGGAUGGCUCAGAUCAUGUUUUCAAAAGUUCUAUUAGCUUAUGAUAUCAAACCUGAAGCCGGUGACAGAUGCGAGUACCCCUCACAAACACUUAUGGGUGUGGAUGCCGUUCCCAAUACAGAAUUCAAAAUGCGUGUCAGGCCGCGUGCUUUGAUGGCAACUGAUUAG